AUGGCUAACGCCCAUAUAAUGAUCCCAGCUGAUUGGCAUAGCCUUUUUCAUAUGACUCUAACAGGGAUUCAAUUUGUUGUAUGGCAAUCGGAGUUUCUCCAUCAUUGUCACCUAUUGGCAGCUCAAAAUCCGAAUCUUACCGCAAAUGAACUGGCAGGAGAGGGUGCCUUUGCUGCUCCCACAGCUCAAUAUAAUAGCCCUAUUAAUGCUCUUAACCUUUCUGCACAAGCCGCUCUGCUUGCUCUCUCUCGCUUGGAUGACCCUCAUACCUCCGCACAAUCUUUUGCAAAAAUUCUACAAAAUUCCAAUGAACCCUAUGCCUAUUUUAUUGAAUGCCUCCAAAUGGCCCUACAAAGGCAAAUUACAAAUGAGGCAGCUCGGCAGGAAAUUCUUCUUAAAUUGGCAUAUGAGAACGCUAAUGCAGACUGUAAAACCUUGCUUACUCCCUUGAUUAAUUCUCCAGAUGCCACUCUAGCCCAAUUCCUACAAGCCUGCACGGUGGUGGGAACACACCAAUACACUUCCGAGAUGAUGGCUGCAGCUAUCACCAGAGGAAUCUCUGUGGUUCCCGAUCUGCUUUAUCCUUCCUCAAAACUUUCAGCCAUUAACCUUUCUGUGCUAUCCACUCUUCCAAAGAAGUUACAAAAGGGUGAUGUCGUAGCAAAAAUGAUCAUGGUAUCGCAACUUCCCUCUGAUGUGCUUGCCCUCACUAGAUCUAUCACCGAAACUAAGCCCACACUCUUGGCUUUAAUCAAAGGUCGCCGCUUCACCGGUCUUCUGGACUCUGGUGCUGACGUCUCGGUGAUACGCUCUGACAAGUGGCCUACAGACUGGGAAACAGAGACCUCCCCAUCACUCCCUACACUUUUGGGACUUGAUUGGUUCCCCCACCUCGGCCUAGGGUUAACAGGAGUCCAUGCGGUAUCAACCUCUGACACUGACUCCCUAUUCGCUGACUACUCAGACGUAUUCAGCAAUGAGCUGGGGUGUUAUAACGGUACCCCUAUCUCAUUCUCAGUCGACCCCCAAGCAGCUCCAAUCCGGUUGAAACCUCGUAGAGUUCCAUUCGCUAUUCGGCCUAAAUUAGAUGCGGAACUGGAUAAAUUAUUAAAACAAGGGGUCAUUGAGCCAACAGAUUUCGCCAAAUGGGAGACGCCCAUAGUCACACCCCUCAAAAAAGACGGUAGCCUGAGAAUUUGCUCAGACUACAAAACCACAAUUAAUAAGUUUUUACAAGUUAGCGCUUACCCAGUGCCCGUCAUUCAGCAUUUAUUACACACUUUAGCGGAACUCCAGACCAUUGUCACCCACAGGGGUGCUUUCCGGUGCAAGCGUCUCCAAUUUGGCGUAAGUGUUGCCCCAGGCAUUUUUCAAUCCCUCAUGGAGCGGAUUUUGCAGGGCCUCCCUGGUGUAGUACCCUACUUCGACGACAUCUUAGUCUCGGCCAGGGACAGACCCCAACUCUUCCAGAGACUGGUCACGGAUCAUAAGCCUCUCCUAGGUCUACUAGCAGGUGACAAACAGACCCCUCAAGUCCUGUCUCCUAGAAUGACGAGGUGGACUCUUUUCCUAGCAGCAUACUCGUAUAGACUCAUACACCGUCCAGGUAAAACAUUGUCCCACGCAGACGCCCUCAGCCGCUGCCCCCUGCCUGCUCCAGCUGAGGAUCCUGCCCCAGUCCAUGCUAUCUUUGAGGUCACCCAACUGGACCUCCCCAUCACUGCCCUUGACAUUGCCGCCAAAUCCAAGGCAGACAAAACGAUCGCCCAGGUACUGGACUGGGUGAGGAGGGGGUGGCCGGGCAGUGAUGUUGAAACCAAAUUCACGCCUUUUAAGACCCGCCUACAGGAGUUAUCCAGUUUGCAGGGCUGUUUGCUGUGGGGCACACGAGUGGUCAUCCCGACCUCACUGCGUACCCGAGUUUUGGAGGCGUUGCAUGAGGGCCACCCUGGCAUCGUCAGGAUGAAGGCAUUAGCACGCAGCUACGUAUGGUGGCCUGGCCUCGACGAUGACAUCAUCAGAUGGGUAAGUUCCUGCCAUCCCUGCCAGGAAUCCCGUCCAUCUCCUCCAAUUGCCACCCCCACUAAGUGGGAAAGCGCCAGCACACCUUGGUCCAGGAUUCACAUCGACCUAGCGGGCCCGAUGCACGGCAAAAUGUUCCUGGUGGUCGUGGACUCUUACUCUAAAUGGAUUGACAUGGCACAAUUAUCCACAACCACCACGCAAGCGGUUACCAAGGUAUUGACUCGCCUGUUCAUAACACACGGGCUACCAGACUCUAUUGUUUCCGACAAUGGCCCCCAGUUCGCAUCGGCCGAGUUCAGUCGCUUCGCUGCCAACCUGGGCAUCCGCCACAUCUUCACGGCUCCCUUUCAUCCUGCCAGUAAUGGAUUGGCAGAAAGAGCCGUUAGGACCACUAAAGAAGCUCUAGCUAGACGCCUGCGGACUGUAUUGGACAGGCUUCACCCACAUUACUGCCCUGACUCUACCCUCGCUUCCACAUCGGGGGUUAGGCAUUUUGUCUUACAGGAAACCGUGUUCGCGAGAAACUUCGCUGGAGAUCCUCUGUGGAUCCCGGGCGAGAUCGUGGCCAUCACCGGACCCAGGUCG